GAGUGGGAGCUUCUCAGCUGGCUUUGUUGAAAGCUUCGUUGGCAGGUAACAGAGCACCUAGACAAGACCAUAAUACUCCCAGCUUUUUUCUAGGGUUUCUAUAUCUACUCAAGAUUCUCGCUUUGACUCGCCUUCUGCCUUAAGAUUUCUUCUUUUUUACUAGUUUCCGUCAGGGCCAGGGUUUCUUCAGUUGAUCGGGCGAUCUUUUAAUGGUUCAGUUGAUGAAUUCCGGUAAGGUUCCGCCAGAAUCCGUGUCCCACCGCCGGAAAAUUGCGCCGGUUAAGGUCGAGUUGGAGUCGUUCGAGAACGAACAUGACCGCCUCUACAAGCGGUCUAAGCUCUCCUCUCCUCUCCCGCAGCAGUGUAAUCUGGGACCUGGUAGUUUUCCAGUACCACCGUCACAAUAUAAUCCACUUGAAGAGCCGAGUCCGUUAGGUUUGCGGCUCAAGAAGAGCCCUUCGCUUUUGGAUUUGAUCCAAAUGACACUUUCUCAAGGAAAUUUCCCAAAGGGCGGGAGUCAGGCCAAGAAAGAGCACAAGGCCACCACUUCUUCUGGUAUUGAUAAGCUCAAGGCGUCAAAUUUUCCUGCCUCAUUUCUGAGAAUUGGAACCUGGGAGUACAUAUCGAGACACGAAGGGGAUUUGGUUGCGAAGUGUUACUUUGCAAAGCAUAAGAUUGUGUGGGAAGUCCUAGACGGUGGUCUGAAGAAUAAGAUAGAAAUUCAGUGGUCUGACAUCAUGGCUUUGAAGGCAAAUUACCCUGAUGAUACACCCGGGACGUUAGAUGUAGUGCUAGCUAGACAACCUCUUUUCUUCAGGGAGACCAAUCCACAACCGAGGAAGCAUACUUUAUGGCAGGCAUCAUCGGAUUUUACUGGCGGACAAGCAAGCAUAAACAGGCGUCAUUUUCUUCAGUGCCCUCAAGGACUAUUGGGAAAGCAUUUUGAAAAACUUGUUCAAUGUGAUCCUCGCCUUAACUUUCUGAGUCAACAAGCAGAGAUAGUUUUAGAAACUCCGUAUUUUGAACCCAGGACUUCUGUGUUCGACGACUCCAACGAGUCAAACCAUGAGUUUGAUUCAAACAGUGGGGAGGGGCAGACUUUUUUUGAGUUGGGGGAUGCAGGAUCACCAUCUGGAGGUCAAUCUUCUUCUCUGAAAAUUGAACAAGAUCUUGUUGGUAGACACCCAGAGCAAUUUUCCUGUGAUACACCUUCACCUAGUUCAGCAACAGAAACCGACAGGAUUGAAGAAAUAAGGAGAAGUAGAUUUGAAGAACUCAAGGCACUUAUUGAGCAUGACCAAACCAAAGUUCCCACCCUCAACCCCUCUAUGUCGAUGAAUGAUAUAGUUAGCCACUUCGAGCACCGGAUCUCUGAACAAAGAAUAUCCAACAAUUUUCCCCUUUCUGCAGAAGAACGGCAAAGCUUGGAGAUCCUAGAAGAGAUAAGCCGGUGCUUGUUCAGCGAAUCACAAUAUGCAUCAACCUCCGACGAGCAACGCAUCAUAUCAAGAGUCGAUUCCCUUUGCUGCCUUCUACAGAAGGAUUCUGCGCAAGUCCAUAGCCCUGAUGUAAUGGUGGACAAGCGGAUAAGUGAUCCAAACUCUGUUUCUCCAUUUGCAAGUGAAAGCAAGGUUGCAGAGGCUUUUGGUGCACCCAAUGGCGAACUUAACAAUGUCUCCGACUCCAAGCAGGGUCCAGCCAUGUCGAGGAAGGAUUCAGUUGGGGAACUGCUUUUAAAUCUUCCAAGGAUAGCUUCUCUACCGCGGUUCUUGUUCAACUUCUCAGACGAUUACAAUAGGCAAGCAAGAUAGUUAUGUUUCUCGGUAAAAAAACAAAUGUAAAAAGCACUAGUCUGAAAAAUGGUGCUCUCUUGUUGACUGUAAAUAUAGGUAGCAUUUGCAGGUUAUUCCACUCUUUAUUUUGUGUGCGCGCGUGUUUUGUUUUGGAAGUUACAAAUAAUAUAUGUAUCUAUAGACAUAUAUUUGGGAAUUUGGGUAACAUAUCGUUACUCCUGUUACUCCUUUUA